AUGGAAUCAUCUGGAGGUGUGUCCCAGAUGAAGAAAAACAACAUAUUCUUUGGCACUGUCAUGGUUCUGAGUAUGGAGGCCACUUUGGUGGUGAAAGGACAGCUACAAAGGUCCUUUAGAGCAGUUGACUAUGUGUCCAAGUGGAUGGAAGCUGUGGCUUUGCCCAUCAAUGAUGCCAAAGUGAGAUAUGGAGUCCGUCAUAAAGUGGCAACCCCCUAUCACCCUCAGACAAGUGGACAAGUUACAGUUUCCAAUAGGGAACUUAAGAGGAUUCUAGAGAAGAUCGUCAGUGUUUCAAGAAAGGACUGGUAUCUAAAUCUUGAUUCAGAAGCUGCAGGAAUCAAGCGAAUGCUUCAGCUGAAUGAGUUUGAUGAAUUCAGACAUUUAGCCUAUGAAAAUUCCAAGCUCUAUAAGGAGAGAACCAAGCUACUUCAUGACAAGAAGAUUGCCAUCAGAGUCUUUGAGCCAGGACAAAGAGUGCUUCUAUAUAAUUCAAGGCUCAAAUUCUUUCCCGGGAAGCUGAAAUCCCGAUGGUCCGGACCGUUUGUGGUUACCAGAGCUUCACCAUAUGGUCAUGUGAAAAUACAGAAAGAGAAUUCUGACAGGAAAUUUACAGUGAAUGGCCAGAGGUUAAAGCACUAUCUUGGAAGCGAGAUUGAUUGCCAGAGGUCCACUCAUCUGCUGAACUAG